AUGGUCAGCUCAAAUCCUCGAUCUACUAAUGCAUGUGAGACGUGCCGGAGGCGCAAGGUUAAGUGCUCAGGCGACAAGCCAUGUCGUGCCUGCGUCAAACAUAACUGGGAAUGUACUUUCGGUCAUUCCGGGCGCAGUCGUUUUUCUGAGGCCCAAGUGAAGCAUCUCUUGGAUAAAAUCCGAGCCUAUGAGGAGCAGCUUUCAUCUCAGUCCAUUGGAGACUCACCUUCUUCGCUUCCUUCUCCCAAUGAAGGAGAGGUGACAACUGGUCGUCAGUCUUUGCAAGGCGUUUCUCCAACGCCCGCUGAUAAUGCGCCCAACAACUUGGCAGAAGGGGAUUUAUCAUACGCCGAUGAUGAUUCUGCUAUAAGCCCAGCAACGGACCUAGCUUCCGGGCCUGCGUUCGAAUCUCAAGUCAGAUCUCUUCUUGAUAAAUCCCGUUCAAGUGAAGUCACAUUUCGGGGAGCUCAUUCAUCCCCUCAUGUACCAAGUACCCCGGGGUCUCAAUGGCCAUCAAUCAAAGAGCUUGUCAGCGAUGCCCCUGAAUUGUCUAUCCCGUCAUUGGAAGAGUCGCAGCACCUACUUGAUCAAUUUCUUUUCUAUCUUGGCGUCAGUCAGCACUUCUUUGACCCACGGUCUUUCUCGGAUAACCUGGGACUACUCUUUCAAUCCCCAGAAACAAAGCAUCAACAGAUGAACACGACUUGGUUCGCCGAAUAUCUUUUGGUUAUGGCCAUGGCAAAACUUAUGGAUGUGAAACAUCCCACUUCCCAGACACCUGGUGCGGAACUCUUUGCGGAAGCAUUGAAGCUUCUUCCUCCGUUACAUCAGAUGGGUGGAGAGGGUGUUAUGGCUGUCGAGAUCUUGACCUUAAUUGCGACAUACCUUCAAUGGUGUGACCGCAAGCACGACGCUUAUCUCCAUAUUGGACUUGCACUGCGACUUGCCAUAGCCCUCGGGUGCAACUUACAGGAAAGCGAACAGGGCUGCCUUCCUUCUGAAAGUGCCCACAGGCUACGACUUUGGUGGACGGUAUACAUGUUAGACAGGCGCCUAUCUUCUGGUCUCGGGCUGGCUGCAGGGGCUGACGAGCGACAAUUACGCACUGAACUUCCUCGACACGCUGUGGGAUUCCAAUCUCCAAUUGCCCUCGCUAUUAACGUACGUAUCGCACGGGUCACAGACGAAAUCAUGUCCACUCUUUAUGGUAAUAAAUCCAUUACGCAACUUGAAUUGGUCCGAAAAAUUCAGGAUAUUCUUCAAGAACUGCAUGAUACGAGCCGGUCAUUUCCCCAGGCAUUAGUGCUUGACUUCAAUCGGCCGUUAAAGGCAGUGACUCGCACAGGUGCAUCGUUAUAUCUAAUGCUGUUUCAAGCAAUCAUUCUUUGUGCCCGCCCAAUACUAUUGCAAAGAGCUCGAUUGAAAGCACAACGACAACAGCGAUCACAAAAUUCUGAACCAGUACCGAACAUCCUCCUUCGUCUUUGUGAGACGUGCAAUGAAGCAGCCACAAAGAGUCUUGCCAUACUUGAAUCUCUUCGGCAGCAGCAAACAAUCCCCCGGUAUGGCUUUUUCGACCUGGAUGCCACCUUUUCCGCUGCCUUUGUACUAGUGAUGGUGGGGUUCCUUGACCAUUCGCAAACAAAACCACCUUUAGCGCUGGAUCAAGCAUUCGAAGUGCUCCAGUUUCUAUCUCAAGCAGGGAAUCUAGCGGCCGAGCGACGCCUCCAAGACAUUGCCCACUCCUGUUCCCAUGUUUGGCCAGACUAUGUCUUCAAUGCAGAUGAACGACAAAGCGGUGCACUGUCUCGACAGAAGGGUCGGUUCAUUGCAGGAUCGGGUUCGAGGCAAUACCCAUUGGCGACUUCUUCGGGCGGUUCACUACCCAAUGAUUUCGCUUCCGAUGGUCGAAAUUACCACUCGGAUGAGUCCAGACUACUUGAGCCGUGGUCGAAUAUUGAUUUUGCAGGUUCAAUGUUCGACAUGGACGUAGAUUGGGAUAUGGAUCUGUCUGGUGAAGCAGAAGGAAUAUAUUCAAGCUUCCACAAUCCGACCUUACCUUUGACGGGAGUUGACUAUAUCGACUGGUUGGAAAUCGAGAAGGUGUUUAGUGGUCCAUGA